AUGAUGUCAGUGUUGCUCUUCAAUAUCUGGGGUUGUAGCCGGAAAUUACUGGCUUGGGGAGAGGAGCCAAGUGUCAAGACACAAGUUCAGCCCCUGCUGCUGCUCCUGCUUCUGGGGCUGUGGGUGGCUAAGGUCCCUGUCAGUGCCACGUGCAAGCACAUGACGUCAGCUCGGUGGUUUGAAACACAGCACGCACAGCCCCGUCCUCAAAACUGCAACAUUAUGAUGAUAAACACCAACCAGUACUUGAAACACUGCAAACCCCUCAACACCUUCGUGCAUGACUCCUUCGCCAGUGUGGCCACCAUUUGCCAGACGCCCAUCAUAACCUGCAAGAAUGGCUGUGAAAACUGUCACCUGAGCCAAGAGCCCGUGUCCCUGACCAUGUGCGAGCACAUCUCAGGGAAGUACCCCGACAGAGGCACCGUGGCCCGUGACCCUCCACAACAGAAGGAUGGCCAGGAGUCUGAGUUGGUCCCCGUGCACUUAGACAGUGCCUUCUAA